AUGGGAGAGAGGAUCCCAUCUGGGAACGGAAAUGGGAAUGGAAAUGGAAGUUAUUUUCAGUUCCCUCCUCCCGGUCCUUCACCUAUCAGGUCUUCCGAUCAUCGUGAAAGAUUUUUGGCUGAACUAUUGGCGGAGAGGCAGAAAUUGGGACCCUUUUUGCAAGUUCUCCCACAAUGUACCAGGCUCUUAACUCAAGAAAUCAGACGCAUAUCCGGAUUUAAUCACGGUUUUCCGGAACAUGAAAGAUUUGAGCCAGACAGUCCAUUUAGGCCGUUAGGUCAACAUCCAAAUAGUAGGCCAAUGGAUAUGGAGGGAUGGCCUGCUGUACCUAGAGAGGACAAUGGAAAUCUCCAAAGAAUGGGGCAGUUUCAAGCACCACCAGUGGGUUGGCAUGGGGCACAAGGAAUUCCGACGACUCCUGUAGUGAAGAGAGUUAUCAGGCUUGACGUCCCUGUCGACAAAUAUCCAAAUCAGUAUAAUUUUGUUGGUCGGAUUCUGGGACCUCGCGGGAACUCAUUAAAAAGAGUGGAAGCGAUGACGGAAUGUAGGGUUUACAUCAGAGGCUGUGGCUCCGUGAAGGAUUCUAUUAAGGAAGAGAAGCUUAAAGAUAAACCCGGGUAUGAGCACCUUAACGAGCCAUUGCACUUGUUGGUGGAGGCAGAGUUUCCCGAGGAUAUAAUCAAUUCACGCUUGGACCAUGCUGUUGCAGUACUAGAAAAUCUUUUGAAGCCUGUGGAUGAAUCUCUUGAUCACUAUAAGAAGCAGCAAUUGAGGGAGUUAGCUAUGCUUAAUGGUACUCUGAGGGAGGAAAGUCCCAGCAUGAGCCCUAGUAUGAGUCCGAGUAUGUCACCUUUCAAUAGUAAUGGAAUGAAACGUGCCAAGACAGGAAGAUGA